GUAACGUUGCAAUAACCCGAAUUCUCUGAGUAAUCAAGCAAGAGACUUCUUCCUUGUCUGUUGAGCCUGUAUGGUAGAAGAGGCAAGGUUGGUAAAAUCUGAUGAAGCGGUGCGGUAAGUUACACUCAAAUCUCGUGGCUUGCAAUUGAUCCGUGAUCUUUGAGUGCUACCUUGUUCCCGUCAUUUCGUAUAUAUCAACCAAUGCAAAUCCCCAAAAGACAAACGAUGAGGAAAUGGUAAUCACUGCCUAGAAUCAAGCUGCGUGAGUAGCGAACUCUUGAAACCUCGAAACAAACCAAUAAACCCAACAAUUCCAAGAAUGAGGUGAGAAAACAUAAUCCGAUCCCGGCACUCAGCAUCAGCUCUCACCAAGUCCCUCGCCUUACCUACCGCACGGCCGCUUUAAUCCGCCCCUCCCGCAUCCAAACCACGCUAACCCACGUGACCCCACAAACCCACCAUUCGCAAAACCUCCCAUACCACCCACGAACUUUUUCUCCCUCACGACAAAACCACAUCGACAACCAACGACCACAAACAAGAAUGGCAGCAGCAAAGGAACGAAGCGGCCUAGCCGUCGGCCCAAACAAGGGACACGUACGUCAACACCAAUACCAUUGAAGCCCGUCUCACCUCUUGGAGGAUCUUCUCUUCUUCUCAUCCCGAUGAAGAAACCAAAAAAGAUGAAGAUGGACUUAACGGGCUAACCACUAUUUUUGCUGGGGGAUAUAGAAAACCGAGGCGCGUGUGAGCAAACCACGUGUGAGCAGAACGAAGGGCCACUUGAGCAAGCGUACUGCGUUUGUGAGGGAGAUUGUUAAGGAGGUUUCUGGGUAUGUACUUUCCUCCUACCACGUUGAGGAUUUUUGGGAGGGGAUAUGUGUUGUGUCAUGAUAUAGUGGGAUGAUGGCUAAUGUUCAUUCAACAGACUCGCACCCUACGAGCGAAGAGUCAUCGAACUCCUCCGCAACAGCAAGGACAAGCGCGCCCGUAAGCUCGCAAAGAAGAGAGUACGUUCUCCCUCUCCCUAUCACCAACAUCCCACCACCACAUACAAACACGAUACUAACGCACCCCACAGCUUGGUACCUUCGGACGCGCCAAGGCGAAGGUCGAGGAGUUGCAAGGAGUCAUUGCAGAGGCCAGAAGAGCCGGUCACUAAACGUCUCACUUUCACGCAUUCGAUUCGAUUCGACAUUUUUCCCGAUUGGUCAUAUCUUGAUGGCAUAUUGUGCUGAAUGGGAACUGGGAGUUUGUACGAAGGAAAGGAAAAAAAUAACAAGGGAAAAUGAACACUUUUCUUCCGAUGAUACCAAAAAAGUGAACUACAUACGGCUGGCUGGGCUUCACGG